UUUUGCAGUUGGACGCGUGUGGAAAUGAGCAGUUCUGCAGUGGAAGCAACUUUAUGCCUUAAACGGACGGACAGAUUUAUUUCAAACAACAUCUGGCUCGCGCCGAGGCUCCUCCACGAUCACCUGUCGAAGGGGGAACAAUACAGGUCUUUCUCAUGUUAGAGGCUGGCUUCUCCCUCUGAAGGAUGAAAGAUGGCACAGCUGCUUGCACCACCAGGUCCAGACAGCUUCCGCCCCUUAAGUCGUGACUCCCUCAAAGCCAUCGAGAGACGUAUCGCGGAGGAGAAAGCCCAGAAACCCAAGAAAGAGAAGAGAAAACGCAAGGAUGAGAAUAAGCCCAAACCCAGCCGUGAGCUGGAAGCGGGAAAAUCCCUCCCUUUGCUGUAUGGGGAUGCUCCUAAAGGCAUGGUUUCGACACCGCUGGAGGACCUCGAUCCCUUCUACUGUAAUCAGAAAACUUUUAUAGUAUUAAACAGAGGAAAUGUCAUCUUCCGCUUCAACGCUGCUCCUGCCUUGUACCUCCUGAGCCCCUUCAACCUUCUUAGAAGAAUAUCAAUAAAGAUUUUGGUACACUCAUAUCCUUUCACAUUUGCUUCCUUGACAACUGCUUGCAAAUUGUUCAGUAUGUUCAUCAUGUGCACUAUCCUCGCUAACUGUGCAUAUAUGACACGCAGUCAGGAUUCGGCCCAGUGGGCGAAGUAUGUUGAGUACACAUUCACUGCAAUCUAUACGCUUGAAUCCGUCAUUAAAAUUUUAGCCCGAGGGUUCUGCAUAGGGAAGUUCACCUUUCUAAGAGAUCCCUGGAACUGGCUGGAUUUCAGUGUAAUUGUCCUGGCGUAUGCAACGGCACUGAUUCCAGGCCUAGGUAAUUUUUCGGCGCUUCGAAUAUUCAGAGUGCUAAGAGCUUUUAAAGCUAUUUCAGUUAUCCCAGGCCUGAAGACCAUCGUGGGUGCCUUGUUCCAGUCAGUGAAGAAGCUUGUACAUGUGAUGAUUCUCACCGUCUUCUGCUUGAGCGUCUUUGCCCUCAUAGGGUUACAACUGUUUAUGGGCCAUUUAAAGCAAAAGUGUGUAAGGAUUCCUAAUAAUGACACCUCAUACAAUGGAACAGAAAACGGCACAUUCAACUGGGAGACGUACAAGAUCAAUAGCAGUAAUCAUUAUUACCUUCCAGGCAAGCGAGAUCCAUUGCUUUGUGGAAACGGCAGUGAAGCUGGGCAGUGUCCAGAUGGUUUUUUUUGCUGCAAAGCAGGAAACAACCCUGACUAUAAUUACACCAGUUUUGACUCUUUUGGUUGGGCCUUCCUCUCUCUGUUUCGACUGAUGACACAGGACUACUGGGAAAACCUUUACCAGCAGACGUUGCGAGCGUCUGGGAAGCCCUACAUGAUCUUUUUUGUGCUGGUGAUAUUCCUUGGUUCUUUCUACCUGAUCAACCUGAUCUUGGCUGUCGUAGCCAUGGCCUACGAGGAGCAGAGUCAGGUCACCAUAAAGGAGGGGAUUGAGAAGGAGGAAGAGUUUCAGGCCAUGCUUGAGCAGCUGAAACGGCAGCAAGAGGACGCUCAGGCAGCGGCAACUGCUGCAGGCGCUGGGGAGGCAAGCGAUAAAGUCACUGGCCCUGAGAGCUCCUCUGACACCUCCAAGCUCAGCUCCAAAAGUGCCAAAGAGAGACGUAACAGACGCAGGAAAAAAAAGGAGGAAGAGGGCAAAGGGGCCGAUGAGAAGGUUCCUAAAUCAGGAGUCAACGAAUCACGCGACGGUGUGUGGAAAGGCCGCUGCCGCUUCUCUGUGGACGCAAACCAGCUCAACUAUGACAUGAAAUGCUCAUCCGCACAUCAGUCCUUUCUGAGCUUUCGUGGACCCCUCUUCUCAUCCAGAAGGAACAGCAAGACCAGCCUUUUCAGUUUCCGAAGCCAAGCGCAGGAAAAUGGCUCAGAUAAUGAGUUUGCCGAUGAUGAGAACAGCAUUUUUGAGGACAACCUGAGUCGGAGGGGCUCUUUUUUUCAUCCCAGAAGUUGUGAUCGACGCAGCAGCAGUAUGAGCCAACGGAGUUUCUUAUCGCAUCUCCUUUUUUCACCCAAUGGGAUAAAGCACAGCUCUGUAAACUGCAAUGGCGUUGUUUCUCUCGUGGGUGGGAAUUCACUCCCAUCAUCACCUGUGGGGCUCCUUCUGCCUAAGGUGAUGGUCGAUAUGGCCUCCACUGGAGACAAUGCUGACACCACUGACACGGAGUACAGACAGGCGGUUGGAGGAACAGAACAGGAGUUUAUAGACUUCCUGGAGGGUCCAGAGGCCAGACAAAGAGCUUACAGUAUAGCCAGUGUCAUAACCAACACUAUGGAGGAGCUUGAAGAAUCGAGGCAGAAGUGUCCUCCUUGCUGGUACGAUUUUGCCCACACCUUCCUCAUCUGGGACCGUUGUCCAGCAUGGCUGAAGAUCAAGAGGAUAGUUAAACUAAUUGUGAUGGAUCCAUUUGGGGACCUCACCAUCACCAUCUGCAUUGUACUCAACACAUUGUUUAUGGCCAUGGAGCAUUAUCCAAUGUCCCCUGGUUUCAUCCAAAUGCUAAACGUGGGCAAUCUGAUAUUCACAAGUAUCUUCACGGCCGAAAUGGUCCUCAAGAUCAUUGCUUUGGACCCAUACUAUUACUUCCAGGAGAAAUGGAAUAUUUUCGAUGCAGUCAUUGUCGGUUUAAGCUUGAUAGAGCUUUGCUCUUCCAAGCCGGGCAGCGUGUCUGUUCUGAGGUCAUUCAGAUUGUUGAGAGUAUUCAAGUUGGCCAAAUCAUGGCCCACACUUAACACGCUGAUCAAAAUAAUUGGUAAUUCAGUGGGUGCUUUGGGCAACCUGACGCUGGUAUUGGCCAUUAUUGUCUUCAUCUUUGCCGUGGUCGGCAUGCAGCUGUUUGGAAAACGCUACGAGGAAUGUGUGUGUAAAAUCUCUGCCGAUUGCACUCUGCCCCGCUGGCACAUGAAGGACUUCUUUCAUUCAUUCCUCAUUGUGUUCCGAGUGCUAUGUGGAGAGUGGAUAGAGACCAUGUGGGACUGUAUGGAGGUGGCUGGGACCCACAUGUGCAUCACUGUCUACAUGAUGGUCAUGGUUAUUGGAAACCUUGUGGUGCUGAACUUGUUCCUGGCCCUGCUGCUGAGUUCGUUCAGUGCUGACAAUCUGGCAGCGAUAGAAGAUGAUAGCGAAAUGAACAACCUGCAGAUUGCCAUUGGUCGGAUUCGCAGAGGCUUCGCCUUCACCAAGUCCCUGCUUCGAAACAGCUGUAACAGUGUUUGUCUAAGGAGGAAGAAAAAAUGGAAGGGUGAGGAAAACUCUCUGGACGAGCUCCACAAAACUUUAGGGCCAAAUGGUGUCCCCAACCAUACCAUCAAAGACUUCCCUAAGAACGGAAAUGGGGAUGUGACCGGAGUGGACAAAACCGGAGACAAGUACAUAGUCAGCAGCAAGAGUGAUGAUUCUAUAAUGUCUUUCAUCAACAAUCCCAGUCUCACUGUCACAGUCCCCAUAGCAGUGGGAGAGUCUGACUUUGAGAACCUUAACACGGAGGACUUCAGCAGUCUCUCGUCUGAUGCAGCAGGAUGCAAAGUGAUUGUAGAAGACGAUGGCCAGCUCAGCUCCUCUGACGGCAGCACAGUAGACUUGGGUCCAGGCGGGGAGGGAGGAGAGUCGAUGGACUUUGAAUUGGACAACUCUAUGGUACCUGACGCCUGCUUUCCUGAUGGCUGCGUUAAACGGUUUGAGUGCUGUCAGGUCAAUGCGGAGGUGGGCUGGUGGAAGGUUUGGUGGAAGCUCAGGAAGACCUGUUUCCGGAUCGUUGAGCACAACUGGUUCGAGAGCUUCAUCAUCUUCAUGAUCCUGCUUAGCAGUGGAGCACUGGCAUUUGAGGAUGUCUACAUUGCGAAGAGGAAGAACAUUCAAAUAGUGUUGCAAUUUGCAGACAAGAUCUUCACCUAUAUCUUCAUCCUGGAGAUGUUACUGAAGUGGGUGGCAUAUGGAUUUGCCAAGUAUUUUACCAAUGCCUGGUGCUGGCUGGACUUCCUCAUUGUUGAUGUGUCACUGGUCACCACCGUAGCCAAUGCUCUGGGGUAUUCUGACCUCGGCGCCAUCAAGUCUCUGAGAACCCUUCGAGCUCUGAGGCCACUCAGAGCCCUGUCACGGUUUGAUGGCAUGAGGGUGGUUGUCAAUGCCCUGCUCGGAGCCAUUCCUUCCAUCUUCAAUGUGCUGCUAGUUUGUCUCAUCUUUUGGCUCAUCUUCAGCAUCAUGGGAGUUAACCUAUUAGCUGGAAAGUAUGGCCAUUGUGUCAACAGAACCUCAGAUAUGGAUUUCAAUACAUCAGAGGUGAAAAACAAGUCAGAUUGUGAUAGUUUGGGCAAAGAAAUUGCUAUCUGGAAGAUUGCCAAAAUCAACUUUGACAAUGUUGGCAUGGGUUACCUUGCGCUGCUGCAAGUGGCUACAUUCAAGGGCUGGAUGGAUAUCAUGUAUCCUGCUGUGGACUCGCAAAGCAUGGCAGAAGAACAACCAGAAUAUGAGAUCAACCUUAAGAUGUACAUGUAUUUUGUAGUUUUCAUCAUAUUUGGAGCCUUCUUCACACUCAAUCUCUUUAUCGGCGUUAUCAUAGACAAUUUCAAUCAGCAAAAGAAAAAGUUUGGAGGUCAAGACAUCUUCAUGACUGAAGAACAGAAAAAAUAUUACAAUGCCAUGAAAAAGCUGGGAUCAAAGAAACCACAAAAGCCUAUUCCUAGACCAUCGAACAAAAUUCAAGGACACAUUUUUGACUUCACCACAAAACAAGCCUUCGAAAUAAUAAUAAUGGUUUUAAUAUGGCUAAAUAUGGUAGCCAUGAUGGUGGAAACUGACGAUCAGUCUGCGGAAACAACUGAAGUUCUCCAUAAAAUAAAUAUAUUUUUUAUUAUCAUCUUCACUGGAGAGUGUUUAUUGAAGAUGAUCUCACUUCGCCAUUACUUUUUCACAAAUGGUUGGAAUGUAUUUGAUUUCAUCGUAGUCGUCCUGUCAAUCAUUGGCAUGUUUCUCGCAAACCUGAUUGAGAAGUAUUUUGUCUCACCAACCUUAUUCAGAGUCAUCCGCUUGGCCCGUAUUGGACGCGUCCUCCGCCUUAUUAAAAGUGCCAAAGGCAUCCGCACACUCCUGUUUGCCUUGAUGAUGUCACUUCCUGCCUUGUUCAACAUUGGUCUCCUACUCUUCUUGGUGAUGUUUAUCUAUGCCAUCUUUGGCAUGUCAAACUUUGCUUAUGUCAAGAGGGAAUCAGGCAUUGACGACCUUUUUAACUUUGAGACAUUUGGCAACAGCAUGAUUUGUUUGUUCCAGAUUACCACUUCAGCAGGGUGGGAUGGCCUGCUAGCGCCCAUUCUCAACAAUCAUGAGGACGAUUGUAACAAUAGCACGGAGCAUCCCGGCAGUCACAUUAAGGGAGACUGUGGGAAUCCUCCUGUAGGCAUCGCCUUCUUCGUGAGCUACAUCAUCAUCUGUUUCCUGAUCGUGGUCAAUAUGUACAUUGCAGUUAUCCUAGAAAACUUCAGUGUGGCCACGGAGGAGAGCGCGGACCCACUAAGUGAGGAUGAUUUCGAAACAUUUUACGAGGUCUGGGAAAGGUUUGAUCCUUGUGCGACGCAGUUCAUGGAGUACGAUAAGCUGUCCGAAUUCGCCGACGCACUGGAUCCACCGUUGCGCAUAGCCAUGCCUAACAAGAUGGAACUGAUCUCAAUGGAUCUACCGAUGGUGAGCGGCGAACGCAUUCACUGCCUGGACAUCCUGUUUGCGUUUACAAAACGCGUUCUGGGCGAGGGAGGAGAGAUGGAUAUUCUGAGGGGGCAGAUGGAGGAGCGCUUCGUGGCCUCCAAUCCUUCUAAAUUGUCCUACGAACCCAUCACCACCACUCUGCUCCGUAAACAGGAGGACACAUCCGCCACUAUCAUCCAGAGAGCAUUCAGGAGAUAUUCAAGGAAACAUGCUGCUAGGAGUCCCUCUGACACACGCGGGGGCAACAUUCAAAAGGAUGUAACGCUCAUUGACGAUGGGGAUCUGGUCACAGGCAAACUUCAAGACAUUUCUAGUGAUGAUAAAAGUGAACCGACACCUUCAGCAGUCCCUCAGCCUCCGUGUAACAAUGUGACAACAAAUGGAAAAAACAAAUAUGAAAAAGACAAGAGUGAAAAGGAGGUUGAGGGCAAAGAUGUCAGAGAGCGAAUGGAGGAUGAAGAAACAACGUUGGCUUUGAUAAGAUGCUACUGCUAUGAAAAGUAUUUCAACCACGCAGUGAACACUUCUGCCGCAGCGCGGAAGAAAUUCACCCAUGAUCCCAUCUAUACCUUUUUCCAUGCAUAUGCCACCUUGAUGCAAGAUAAAAUCCAAGAAGCCUCAAUGGAGCUGGACACGUUAAGAGACAGUCGAGACGUGUCUCUCUGCACGUUAAUGGCUCUCGUCUAUGCAGAGAAAAAAAAGACUAACCCCGAAAGAGAAGUCAUCCAAGAACUCGAUGCUAAGGUCAAGGAGGAUCGAAAAAGUGCGUCUCCCAAGAGUCUGUACUACGCUGGGACGUUUCUCUGGCUAUUAGGGCGAAAUGAUAAGGCAAGGGACUACACAGAGAGAAUGAUUAAACUCUCCGGUGGCUCUAGAGAGGGGAUGAUCCUAAAAGCCUGGAUAGAUGUGACAUCUGGUAAAGACGCCUACGCCAGAAAGGCUGGAAAGUAUUUCGAUGAGGGACUGAAAGAGAAGGCAGAUGUUUUUGCUCUGAUGGGAAAGGCACAAUACUAUGAAUAUCGUCAGAACUACUCCGGAGCAUUGGAGAUGGUCAACAAGGUCAUCGUUAGUUUUCCUGGUUUCUUGCCCGCACUCACCAAGAAGAUGAAACUGUUGCUCAGCCUUCAAGACUGGGAGCAAACCAUCAAUGCAUCACACAGGCUCUUACAGAAGGAUACAAAUAAUUUGGAGGCACUGCGGAUGCUGGCUCUACAUUCUUUAUGUAGAGAUGGAGAUAUUACUGAGUCGGUAAAGCAGCUUUCAAACCUCAUCGGCAGCAUUGAGGUCAUGGAACCACACAACCCAGAGCUCUUCUACAGGAUGUCUCUGGCCUUCACCCGGGUUUGUGGACGGAAUGAGAAAGUUAUUGAGCAGACGUUUAGGAUGGUGGAAAGAGCCUUCUCUGUGGCAUCAGGGGACUCCGAUUUCGCCACAGAGUUGGGCUACCAGAUGGUGCUUCAGGGCAGAGUCAAGGAGGCCAUGAAGUGGUACAAGACAGCCAUGGCUUUGGAUGAGACAAGUGUCUCUGCUUUGACUGGGAUAAUUCGUUGCCAGUUGAUAGAGGGCCAACUUGAAGACGCAGAACAACAGUUGGAAUUUCUCACAGAGAUUCAACAAUCUAUUGGAAAAUCAGGCGAGCUACUGUACCUACGUGCUCUGCUGGCGGUUAAAAAGCUCCGCUCCCCGGAAGAGGUGACCAAUCUGCUGAAUGAUGCCGUGGACACACACUUUUCCGCUCUGCAGGGUCUACCUCUGGGAGUGGAGUACCUUGAGAAGCUGAACCCGGACUUCCUAUUGGAGAUUGUCAAAGAGUAUCUUGCAUUGUGUCCCGCUAAGCCUCCAGCACAGGGCCAGCCUUCGGCUCCUCAGCUUCAGCACUGUGCCACUUUGUUGGACACUGUGGUCAAGAUUGUCCCCGGUCUACCCCAAGGGGUUUUCCUGCUAGCCAAAGUCAGAUAUCAGUCUGGUGACAUUGUAGCUGCUCAGAGCAGUUUACAACGCUGUCUGGACCAGUGUCCUUCUUAUGCAGAUGCUCAUCUGCUAAUGGCACAGAUUCAUCUGCUACAGGGUAACUUUCCAUUGUCUUCCCAGUCUCUUGAACUCUGCCUCAGCCACAACUUUGAGAUACGAGAACAUCCGUUGUACCACCUGAUAAAUGCUCAGGCUAAGAAGAAAAUGGGUGAGCUGACAGAGGCCAUUCAGACACUGCAGAUGGCCAUGAGUCUUCCAGGUGUCCGCAGAGCUGGAUCCUCGUCCAAAUCCAAGCACAAGAAGAUUGUGCUGAGUUCUGCGGACUGCGUCUCCGUCUUCUUGGAGUUAGCUGAGGCCCUGUGGCUCAACGGAGAACAGCAUGAAGCAGCAAAGGUGAUGCAGGAUGCCAUCAAUGAGUUCUCGGGAACCCCUGAGGAGCUACGCGUCACCAUUGCCAAUGCGGACUUGGCUCUGCUGCGCGGAGACACCGAGCAGGCACUGAGUAUGCUCAGAAACAUUACCCCGGAGCAGCCGUACUACAUCCAAGCCAAGGAGAAAAUGGCAUACACGUAUCUGAACCACAGGAAGGACAAACGUCUGUAUGCCAGCUGUUUCAGGGAAAUGGUUGAGAAGAUGCCCAGCCCAUACACAUACCUCUUAUUAGGUGACGCCUACAUGAACAUUCAAGAACCCGAAAAGGCCAUUGAGGUUUAUGAGCAAGCUCUGAAGAAAACCCCCAAAGAUGGUGCCCUAGCCAGCAAGAUUGGGAGAGCCCUGGUCAAGACUCAUAACUACAUGAAGGCAAUAAAUUACUACGAAGCAGCCCUGAAGACGGAGCAGCAGAACUUCCUGCGCUACGACCUGGCUGAGCUGCUGAUGAAGAUGAAGCAAUAUCCGCGCUGUGAGGGAGUUCUGAAUGAAGCUUUGGCCCAUGAGUCAGUGGACGAAGUGCCGGCGCUCUCCGAUGAUUGCCGCUAUCUGGUGCUGUUGGCAAAGGUCCAAAACAAGGUGGACAAAAAUGAGGAAGCUCUCCUUUCCCUGCAAAGAGCCCGGGAUGUGCAGGCCAAGGUGCUGAAGCGGGUGCAGUUGGAGCAGCCUGACGCCGUCCCCACGCAGAAACAGCUUGCCGCCGAGAUCUGCGCUGAGAUCGCGAAACACUACACAAGUCAGAGGGGCUAUGAGAGGGCAGUCAAAUUCUACAAAGAAGCUCUUGUGUAUUGUGAGACGGAUCGCAAGGUGAUGAUGGAGUUGGCCCGGCUGUACCUCACUCUAGGUGAGGUUGACGCAUGCCAGGAGCAGUGCAGCGUCAUUCUGAAGAGCGACCAGUGUAACGAAGACGCCACUCUGAUGAUGGCUGACAUUAUGUUUAGGAAGCAGGACUACGAGAAGGCCGUUUUCCACUUCCAACAACUCCUGGAGCGCAAACCAGACAACUACCCAACACUGUCACGUCUCAUUGACUUGUUGAGGAGGGCCGGCAAGUUAGAAGAAGUUCCCAGAUUUAUUGAUAUGGCAGAAAAACAUUCUUCCAGGACUAAAUUUGACCCUGGGUUCAACUACUGCAAUGGACUUUAUCUGUGGUUCACAGGACAACCCAAUGAUGCUCUGCGGCAUUUCAACAAAGCAAGGAAAGACAAUGAUUGGGGUCAAAACGCUGUGUACAACAUGAUUGAAAUCUACCUAAACCCUGACAAUGACACCAUGGGAGGAGAAGUAUUUGAGAAUUUAGAUGGUGAAAUAGGGAACUCCACGGAGAAGCAGGAGUCAGAGCAGCUCGCUGUGAGAACGGCGGAUAAGCUGCUGAAGGAGUUAAGGCCACAGACGCCAGGAGGACACACACAGCUCCGCAUUCUGGAGAACUACUGCUUUCUGGCCACUAAACAGAAGGCCAAUGUGGAGAAAGCCCUUAGUGUUUUCACAGAGAUUGCAAACAGUGAAAGCGACCAUGUACCGGCACUCCUGGCCAUGGCGACAGCUUACAUGAUGCUGAAACAGACUCCCCGAGCCAGGAACCAGCUCAAACGCAUCGCUAAGAUGAACUGGAGCCUUGUUGAUGCCGAUGAGUUUGAGAAGAGCUGGCUGCUCUUGGCAGACAUCUACAUCCAUUUGGGAAAGUACGACAUGGCCGGUGACCUGUUGAAGAGAUGCCUCAACCAUAACAAGUCAUGCUGUAAGGCUUAUGAGUAUCUGGGCUACAUAAUGGAAAAGGAGCAGGCAUUCCGUGAUGCAGCACUCAACUAUGAACUGGCUUGGAAAUAUGGAAAUCGAACGAACCCAACUAUUGGUUACAAGCUGGCUUUCAACUACUUAAAAGCAAAGAGGCAUGUUGAUGCCAUAGAUGUGUGUCAUAAGGUUUUGGCUGCUCAUCCAAAUUACCCAAAAAUGAAAAAGGAAAUCCUGGACAAAGCUCGUGGUGCUCUGAGAUCGUAGUGUUGGAAGUGUGUGUGUGUGUGUGUGUGUGUGUGUGUGUGUGUGUGUGUGUGUGUGUGUGUGUGUGUGUGUGUGUGUGUGUGUGUGUGUGUGUGUGUGUGUGUGUGUGUGAGAGAGAGAGGGAAAGAGAAAUAGAUGAGGUCAAUGCUUCUGUAAUAAAUAAAUGUGUUACUUUGAUUGAAGUCCUCUUUUAUUGUUUAGCUUUAGCUUUUAUGUGUCGCGAUACAUUCAGUGGGUUGUUAUUUGUGGUGUUUCUUUUGAAGAAAACUUCCUUAAAAACAUUGAAUAAAUGAAUUGUUGGGUUGUGGCAAUCCUGAGGGAAAACAAUGCAGUGGAGUUCAAGGAAUUAAAACCAAAUACCCAAAUGGCUUGUAAGGAAGUGUAUUUUUUUACUAAAUUAAUAAUCAGUUUUCAUUUGCUAAAAUCCCCAUGUACAUUGUCUGUGAAAAUGACCUACAGUACAUUUAUAGAAAAUGAAUAUCAACUAGUGUGUUGAUAAAUAAUUAUAGUGUAAAGCUUGUAUUUCAUAUCAAAUAAAAUAUAUUCCGCUA